AUGUUAUCACGGCGCAUAUUUCAAUGCCGAAAUGCUAGUUCACAGCUUCGUCAAUUGCGACAUCUCGCAACAGCAGUCGAUCCUCUGGUAGGCGAAACAAAUGGGAAUCAAAAACAUGGUGACAAUCGUGUAAAAUUGGUGGAAGUUGGACCCCGAGAUGGUUUACAGAACGAGAAAACAAUUAUACCUUUAGCAACGAAAAUCAGGUUGAUUGAAAGACUUGCAAAGACGGGCUUGCAGGAUAUCGAAGCUGGUUCUUUCGUUGCGCCGAAAUGGGUGCCACAGAUGGCAGAUGCGAGUGAGAUUCUCGAACAUGUUUUGCAAAAUAAUAAUCGAUCGACCAAUCCACUCAGAUACUCCUUCCUGGCACCCAAUAGGAAGGGUCUUGACAAAGCCCUGAAUAUAUUGUCUCAAAACCGAAACGCAUACAAUACUGCCGACGUGCCUCUUGAUGAUGGUCCGGAGAAACUCAAGUCGUCUCCCAAUAAGCCAUAUAUUGAGAUGGCCGUUUUUGCAGCAGCAACUGAGUCAUUUUCACAAAAGAACCUUAAUUGUGACAUCGCUACAUCAUUAAAACGAUUUGAAGAAGUCAUACAAGGUGCAAAGGCAGCUGGAAUGCGAGUUCGCGCCUACAUAUCAGUUGUGCUAGGCUGUCCAUUCGAAGGCGACAAUGUAGAUCCCCACCGAGUGGCGGAAAUAGCGACAGAAUUAUUGGAAAUGGGAGCGGAUGAGAUUGAUCUCGGAGACACGACUGGAAUGGGUACGGGACCUAAGACUCAGAAGCUUUUACGUACAAUGCAAUCAGCGGGAAUACUGAACGAGGAUAUCGCAAUGCACUUUCAUGAUACUUAUGGACAGGCAUUGAUCAACACUGUUGUGAGCUUGGAGCAUGGUAUCAGAACUUUCGAUAGUAGUGUAGGGGGGCUAGGUGGGUGUCCGUACAGUCCUGGGGCCACUGGAAACGUAGCCACAGAAGAUAUGGUUUACCUAUUAGAGAGUAUGGGGAUGCAGACUGGCGUUGAUUUAGAUGCAUUGGCUGAUAUUGGACAAUGGAUUACUGGGGAAAUUGGGAAGCCGAAUGCAAGUAGCGUUGGAAAGGCUGUGAUUGGUGCAAGAAGUCGUAAAUGA